AUGUCUUCUCACAAGACUUUCAGAAUCAAGCAAUUCUUGGCCAGGAAACAAAAGCAAAAUCAUCCUGCUCCUCGGUGGAUUCGGGUGAAAACUUGUAACAAGAUCAGGUACAACUCCAAGAGAAGACACUGGAGGAGAAGGAGGCUGGCACUUUAA